CGACGGUGUGCAAAGAAGGACGUCAGUAUGGAUGGGCGGCAGGCGGUUUGCAGGUCUGCAGGGGGUGAGGGUGGUGGCCAAGGGCCCGAGCAGAGCCUGUCUAGAGGUUCAAGGGCGGUGGAGCGGUCGAAGUACGCGCACCUGCCACCGCACUUGCAGCCUUUGCCGGACACAUCGGACGAGGAGGAGGAUGGCAGACGUUCACGUGUCGUGCCGCUGGGAAGCGGCUCUACGCAGGAGUGGACGGCCACAGAGAUUUGUGGAAGCCGCGAGCCCAGUUACGGGCAGUCGUACACCCAGCUCCUCCAGCAGGGCCUGAGCGGCGACGAAGGAGAUGGAGGUGUGAAUCUGACGUUCGGUCUGUGCAGUGGAAGGUCGUCGUCUUCGACGCGGACAGUGCUAGUCGACAACAGUCCCGAUGACGAUGGCGGCCAGGUGACGGUUGUUGCACGACCGUCGAAGUUUCCAGCGUCACACUUGCCCUGCGUCGUCCUCCCCACCCCCGCAGUCAAAGUCGUUCAAGUCCUGAUCGUUGCCGCCGACAUCAGGGGAGACGGGGACAACAUCCACGACGGGCGAGCUGAGGCAUCCCUUGAAGCAGACGGUGCCCUGUAUUGCUGCGUACGAGGAUCCCUGUUGUUCCCGGACGCCAAGAAGUCGAUGGGGAAGGGGAGCGACGUCGAAGCUGACGGCAAUGCAGAAGGCGGUUGUCAUUUUUGGUCCGUCGACGACAUGGUGGCCUUGAUACGGGCUAAACGUGACCAGGACGCGCAUGUGCCGGGAAUGGGCACCGCGUACGGUCGUAUGAAGCCGCGAGAAUGGAAGUGGUUGGAUGUGGAGCAAAGGCUGAAGAAGGUGGGAGUGGAGAGGGAGGCAGAACGGUGCGGGAAGAAGUGGGACAAUUUGAUGCAGCAGUUCAAGAAGGUGCACCACUUCCAAGGCUUGUCCGGGAAACAGGACUUCUUCCAGUUCACAGGGAAGGAGCGGUUGUCGAAGGGCUUCAGUUUCAACAUGGAUCGUGCGGUUUACGACGAGAUCCUGGGGUCGACUGCCAAGAGCCACACCAUUAACCCCAAGAACGUCGCAGACACUGGUGCUCCGGGGGGUGUGCGUUUGCCGUCGGCGAAUUCUAGUGAUCCGGAGUCUGUCGGGGAUCGGGACGCUGCUGCAGGGCUGGACGACGACGACGACGGGUCGACGAGAGGUUCUUCUCAGCCGACGGGAUGCCCUGCUGGCUUUGGCAAGAGGAAGAGCACGAGGCAGCAAACUUUCGACGCUCUGUCGGAAUGCAUGGAGAAGCACGGGGCUCUGGUGGCGUCGACGAUGGAAAGCAACAGCAAACGGCAGUGUUCAAUCCAAAUCCAGCAGUGCGAGGCAUUGGAAGCGGAGGUGGAGGUGCAAAAGAAAUACUACGCUGCGUCCGACGAAGUUAGCAAACUGAUGUGUCACGCUCUGCUUGAGAUAGCGAAGGCCAUCCGCGAGCACGCGGAAGACUGGGUGGCGGAGGGGGACGAUUCACACGGGGAAAGCGACUUCGCCGAAUCGGAGGAAAUCCCAAUGAAGCGCAAGUCCUCCAGAAGGCAGAUCGGAGCCCUCCGGAUCGAUGACGUCGCCGAGAGGCGUAGCGCAGGGGGCCGCGGGGCAAGUCAACAAGACGCCAAUGUUGCCGCUCGUCCGGUGACGGGCCGAGCCGGGGGGAGUGUCGCCACGCAGCAGAACCGUGCGCCUUUGCCACGUGUCAACGAACCCCCUGCCGCGCAAGAGGUGUUCGUCCGCGGCCGAACGCCAUCGACCCCGCGACAAACGACGGCCACAGAAGUCGGCGUCGCCGCACAAGGCAUUGCUCAGGGGAUCGCCAACCGAUCUCCUGCGCAUGACAAUCGCGGGGAGUCGACGGUGGUUGCGGCGCGCGCUGCGGAAGUGCCAAAGGCAGGCGCCGCAACGGCGGGUGGUGCGUCCCAGGCUGGUGAAGGGGGGAGGUCAGGCGGGGCCGCAAAUGUGGGGGCUUCGCAUGCGGUGGAAGGAGCCAGGGCAGGUGGGGGGAAUGCUGGCGAAGGGAGAAGGGCAGGCGCCGUCGCUAGAGUCGGGGAGGACGAUGAAGCGCUGGAGAACAGGGUGUGGCAGCGGAGUGCGUGUGAAGGGAUCGACGUAGCGUCCAAACUGUGCGUGGACGACAUUCAUUUCUGGAACGAGACGGAGGGAAACACCAUUGUCAGGCUCAUGCAGGAAGCGCGACUGUAUCUUGUGGCGGUGGCGCGGGGUGUGCAGCCUCCUGCGAUUCGACGCAGCAUCGUCCUGCCACACACCACCAUCCCGCAACACAAAAUUGACGACGAAUCGGAGUUCAGUGCUGCGCAAUACAGGGCGCUGAAGGUGCAGACCAUCGCUCUGCGGGUGAUCCACGGACACAAGGACGACGAGUUGGCGGCGUAUCAGGAAGCGAGCGUCCAGAGACUGGUGGGUGCAUUCACGAGCGCCGUGAGCACGGCGGAGGGAGUCGACGGUCGUCGGGUGUCACAUGAGAGGCUGAAGAUCGUAGCCAAGGCGAUGUGGGUAAUGCUCGCCACGACGAUGUGGCUUAUGCGGAUGGGCGGUGACGAUCGUCGCGCCCAUUACGACGCGUGGGUAUUCGUCCAGCUGACGGUGAAACCCACAUUAAUCGCAUCCAUGCAUCGCUCGUUCGACGCGCGUCACCACAUCGUGCAGGCCGCAACUGCCAUCACGGACAAGCUGGCGAAACCCCCGAUCACCUUGCUGGCCCCUCCAGUGUACAUCCCGGACUGGGCGUCAAUCGGCGUGAAAUUCUCGCACGACGCCACUUUGUCUUCCCCAAUGGAGGCUCAAAAGCUCGAUUGGUUGGGCACGGGGCCACCGGAAGACGACGAUGACGCCGCUGUCAAUGACCAUAUGAGCGCGGGGGGUUCAUGAUGCCUUUGGGUGCGCUGGGACAGGUUUGAUGAGGUGGGUGCAUGUGUGCACUUUCAUGUAGAAUU